CGUGUGAACACUAGGUGGCGGUAAAUGAUGUUUGAAGGCGGAAGAUCAAAACCAGAGGAAGAAGAAGUGCGCUUCCGGUGUUGAUUGUGCGUCGUGUUGUGCAGUUUUUCAGUAUAAACAAUGUCUCUUGAAAUCGAGUCAGCAGACGUGAUUCGUCUGAUCAUGCAGUAUUUAAAGGAAAAUAAUCUGCACCGCACCCUUGCGACGCUGCAGGAGGAAACCACCGUGUCCCUCAAUACUGUAGACAGUAUUGAGAGUUUUGUGGCAGAUAUCAACAGCGGUCACUGGGACACAGUCUUACAGGCUAUCCAGUCACUCAAACUCCCAGACAAGACACUGAUUGACCUCUAUGAACAGGUUGUACUGGAGCUGAUUGAGCUGAGAGAGCUUGGUGCUGCCAGGUCUUUGCUGAGGCAGACCGACCCCAUGAUCAUGCUGAAACAGACUCAACCUGAGCGCUACAUUCACCUGGAGAACCUGCUCGCUCGCUCCUACUUUGACCCCAGAGAGGCGUAUCCUGAUGGCAGCAGUAAGGAAAAGCGGCGGGCGGCUAUUGCUCAGGCUCUGGCGGGCGAGGUCAGCGUGGUGCCACCAUCUCGUCUCAUGGCCUUGCUCGCACAGUCUCUGAAGUGGCAGCAGCAUCAGGGUCUCCUCCCUCCUGGUAUGACCAUCGACUUGUUCAGAGGCAAAGCUGCAGUCAAGGAUGUUGAGGAGGAGCGAUUCCCUACACAGCUGAGCAGGCACAUCAAGUUUGGACAGAAGUCCCAUGUGGAGUGCUCCCGCUUCUCUCCUGAUGGCCAGUAUUUGGUUACUGGCUCUGUUGAUGGUUUCAUCGAGGUGUGGAAUUUUACAACGGGCAAGAUCAGAAAGGAUCUGAAGUACCAGGCGCAGGACAACUUCAUGAUGAUGGACGACGCAGUGCUGUGCAUGUGUUUCAGCAGAGACACAGAGAUGCUGGCUACAGGAGCACAGGAUGGCAAAAUAAAGGUAUGGAAGAUCCAGAGUGGACAAUGUUUGCGGCGAUAUGAACGCGCUCACAGUAAGGGUGUGACGAGUCUGAGCUUCUGUAAGGACAGCAGUCAGCUCCUCUCAGCCUCAUUCGACCAGACCAUCAGAGUUCAUGGUCUAAAGUCAGGGAAGUGUCUGAAGGAGUUCCGAGGCCAUUCCUCGUUUGUUAAUGAAGCCACGUUCACUCCUGAUGGUCACCACAUCAUCAGUGCCUCCUCCGAUGGAACUGUGAAGAUCUGGAAUAUGAAGACCACAGAGUGCACAAGCACGUUUAAGUCUCUUGGCACCUCGGCUGGCACAGACAUCACGGUGAACAACGUGAUCCUGUUUCCCAAGAACCCUGAGCAUUUUGUGGUGUGCAAUCGGUCCAACACUGUGGUCAUUAUGAACAUGCAGGGGCAGAUUGUGAGGAGCUUCAGCUCUGGUAAGCGAGAAGGGGGAGAUUUCGUGUGUUGUACACUUUCCCCCAGAGGAGAGUGGAUCUACUGUGUGGGAGAGGACUUUGUGCUUUACUGCUUCAGCACAGUCACCGGCAAACUGGAGAGAACCCUGACUGUCCAUGAGAAGGAUGUGAUUGGUAUCAGCCACCACCCUCAUCAGAACAUGAUCAGCACAUACAGUGAAGAUGGCCUGCUCAAGCUCUGGAAACCUUAAACACCAGACUGGAACAAUAUUUUACUGGGACAUAGAUUGGGCUUACUAUCUAUUUUUUUGUACAUAUUCUUUUUUUUGUUUGUUUGUUUACUUAGUGCAAGUUUUCAUAUGCAUGUCCUGUUAAACAGAACAGAAAACAUGGGCAUUUCCUUUCAGAAAUUCCCAACCUUUCAGUCUGUGUUAAUUUUUGUUGUGUAACAGUAGAUAUUCUUCUUGCAUUUUACAUGAAUGAUUUUCACCUUUCCAAUUAAACAUUUUGAUCACAA